AUGAAAUUAUUUGCGAUUAUCACAUGUGUUAGCUUCUUCUUUGAUAAAUCUUUAAGUUCAGCAGACUGUAGAGACGACAUCGACUCGAAGCGUUUCGACUGCUACCCAGAAAAUGGCGCCUCUCAAGAGAAAUGCGAAAUUCGCGGCUGUUGUUGGAAAGUUGCUACAAACAAAAGACAUGAAGUCACUGUUCCGCUUAAUGUUCCAUACUGUUUUUAUCCAAAGAACUUUGGAUACAGGAUAGUGAAUGAACAAGAAACGGCAACAGGAAUAUUGCUUGAUCUUCAAAUGCAACAACCAGGACCAUAUGGUGCUGAUGUUGAGAAUCUUAGAGUUAAUGUUGAUUUUGAAACGGAAAACCGUGUACAUGUGAAGAUUUACGAUCCCAACGAAAAGCGUUAUGAAGUUCCCAUUGAAACCCCAAAGGUGGCAAAGAAAAGCUCAAAGCAAAAUUAUUUGAUCAGUUUCACCAAAUAUCCAUUUGGUUUUUCUGUCACUAGAAAAUCAACUGGACGUGUUUUAUUCAAUUCUACAGCAGGAGCGAUGAUUUUUGAAGACCAGUUUCUACAAAUUUCUAGUUUCCUACCAUCAACGAAUAUUUACGGUUUGGGGGAGCAUGUCGACAGUUUUAGACUAAAUGUAACUUGGCAGAAAUUGGUAAUGUUUGCUCGUGAUGGUGGGGGUACUCCAUUUGGAGGAAUCAAUCUUUAUGGAACUCAUCCAUUCUAUGUGAAUAUAGAACCAGAUGGAAAUGCCAAUGGCGUAUUUUUACUUAACAGCAAUGCAAUGGAAGUUAUCUUGCAGCCAACACCUGCCAUUACAUAUCGUACAAUAGGUGGUAUUUUGGACUUUUACAUAUUUCUUGGUCCGGAACCUGAUUUAGUUGUUCAGCAAUACACGGAAGUCAUAGGUCGACCAUUUAUGCCACCGUACUGGUCCCUAGGUUUUCAUCUCUGUCGAUGGGGUUAUAUGACGUCAAAUAGAACUCAGGCCAUUGUAAAUAAGAUGCGUCAAUAUGGAAUUCCUCAAGAUGUGCAGUGGAAUGACAUUGAGUAUGCUAAUCAUCGCUUUGAUUUUACUGUUAAUCCAAAAACUUUUGGAGGUCUUCCAGAACUUGUCGACGAUCUUCACAAACACAAUCAGCAUUAUAUUCCUAUCACAGACCCUGGAAUUCCAAAUUCAGAUCCAAAUUAUGCUCCAUAUGUAGAUGGUCUUAAAAUCGGGGCUUUUGUGUUGAAGCCCGACAAAGAUGAACCUUUAGUGGGCAAGGUAUGGCCUGGCAAUACUGUCUUCCCUGAUUUCUUUAACCCUGACACAAUAGGGUAUUGGCAAGAUCAAUUACAAAAAUUUCAUCGUAAGGUUAGUUUUGAUGGUCUUUGGAUUGAUAUGAACGAACCGUCAAACUUUGUGGACGGUUCUACAACUGGUUGUGAAGAUUCAAAAUAUGAAAGUCCACCUUACGUACCUGGAAUCAUGGGAGGUUUUCUGACUUCUAAGACAAUAUGUAUGGGAGCUAGACAUUCUAAUGGUAUUCAUUAUAAUCUUCACAGUUUAUAUGGACAUUCUGAGCUAAUUGCCACCUCUAGAGCUAUUCAAAAUAUCUUGAGGAAAAGAACUUUGGUGAUUUCACGAUCUACUUACCCCAGCAGUGGAAAAUAUGGAGGUCAUUGGUUGGGAGAUAAUAAAAGUCUGUGGCCUGAUAUGGGUUAUUCUAUAUCUGGCAUUCUAGACUUCAAUUUGUUUGGAAUUCCAAUGGUUGGAGCAGAUAUAUGUGGAUUCAACGGAAAUACUCAGGUAGAGUUGUGUAAACGAUGGUUAGAACUUGGCGCGUUUUAUCCUUUUUCAAGGAAUCACAACACGAAAGGAACGAUUGCUCAAGAUCCGGUUUCACUUGGUGAUGAUGUUGCAGCAAUAGCUCGAAAGACAUUUUUAAUUCGAUAUAGUCUCUUACCAUAUCUUUAUACACUGUUUUAUAAAGCUCACGUUUUUGGAAGUACUGUUGCCCGUUCUCUUGUAUUUGAAUUUCCGAAAGAUCCAAAUACUUAUUCUAUUCAAGCUCAAUUUCUCUGGGGAUCAGCAUUAUUGAUCUCUCCUGUCCUCACUGAAGGUUCUACGCAAGUGGAAGCAUACUUCCUGCAGAUGUGUGAUGCUCCUAUUGAUAAGAUCAAUUUACACAUAAGAGGUGGCUUUAUACUUCCUAUGCAGGAACCAUCAACGACAACAGCAGAAAGCCGUCGAAAUAAUUUUUAUAUCAUUGCCGCUUUAAGUUCAAGUGGAUCUGCAAUUGGUGAUUUAUACCUUGAUGAUGGUGAAAGUCUCGAUCCAAAGGAAACUUUAAUGGUACAAUUCUCCGUGCAGUCACAUGUUCUGACGUCAUCUCCAUCUUUUGCUGGCUACACUCCUUCAGCUAAAGUGGCCAAUAUAACAGUUCUUGGUGUUAAUUCUUCAAAUUUAAGUCAAGUGUUGGUAAAUGGAGAUCGUACUCCUUUUCAAUUUGACAACUCGUCUAAAAUUCUUCGUCUUCCAUUAUUGAGUCUCAGUCUUGUUAAAAAGUUCUUGAUUUCUUGGCACUAA